ACCUAGAUUGUGCCUUUGUUUUGAAAAGGUGUGGGCGGGUGUGCUUUGAAUAACAUCCGCCUGUAAACUAGCUUGACCAAAGGUCGUCGAAAGAAACAAGCCUUCCUGACACACUUCCACAGACUCCCAACACUCGCACGGUCGCGGCCUCUGCCCGGGUUUGUUUAGUAAUUCCUUCAGUGAUCUGGAUUGCGUUAAUCGGUUAAAACAGACUGCAGACCCACCGGAAAGAACCGAACCGUGUUCGCUCGGUGUGAUUACCAGAACCAAGAAUGUGUUUCGUUUAACGCCUGCAGAGACGAGAUCUCCUGUUAGGAGCGCUGGUUCUGAGCCGGUUGGUGGUUUGAAGCCGCGGCGCGACAUACGAACUAUCUGGAGCAUCUUCCUGCUCGGUGUUUUCUCCGGUAGCAGCCAUGGCAGGAGGUGGACGGCCAGCGCUCGGGCUGCUGGUUCUGGUGGGGUUGCUCUUCCAUCGCUGUGGUUCCUUCAACCUGGAUGUGGACAAACCCUCCGUGUUCGCCGGACCCGAGAGAAGCUACUUUGGCUUCUCGGUGGAUUUCUUCAAGUCCUCAACUAACCUAAACUCCGACAUUCUCAUUGGCGCGCCUCGAGCCAACUUGACGUCCUCCAGCACUGUGGUGGAGAGAGGAGCAGUGUUCACUUGUCCUUGGAGCAGCUCCUCCAGCUGUCAGCAAGUGCAGUUUGACACCUCAGAUAACCGUAAAAACGAUGGUGGGGUUCAGAUGGAGUUCAAGUCCAAACAGUGGUUUGGUGCCUCUGUUCGAUCAAGUGGAGACAAUAUCUUGGCCUGUGCUCCACUUUACCAGUGGUCCACCUUCGGGAUGUCUGAACGAGAGCCGGUGGGAACGUGUUACCUGAAGAAAGGAAGUACAGUGGUGGAGUACUCCCCCUGCAGAACGAAUGCUAAUUCACCAGAAGGUCAGGGCUUCUGCCAGGCUGGCUUCAGUGCAGACUUUCUAAAGAAAAGCAACCGAGUGGUGGUGGGAGGACCCGGGAGCUUCUACUGGCAGGGCCAGCUGAUUUCCGAUGAUGUUUCUGAGAUUUUUACUCGUGCCGGCGCUGCUUUUAUCGUGCCGUACCAGAACACCCUGGCCACCAAAUCGGCCGGUCCGCAGUAUGACGACAGCUACCUCGGAUACUCCGUGACAGUUGGAGACUUCAACGGUGAUGGAAAGGAAGAUUUUGUGACUGGAGUACCGAGAGGACAGCAGGCGUUGGGUUAUGUGAACAUCUUCAAUGGGCUAAACAUGGCGUCCAUGAUCAACUUCACUGGCUCUCAGAUGGCAGCCUACUUUGGACAUUCAGUGGCCGUCUCUGACGUUAAUAACGAUGGUCUGGUGGACCUGUUGGUCGGUGCUCCUCUCUUCAUGGACAGAGGCUCAGAUGGGAAGCUCAGGGAGGUGGGACAGGUGGCUGUGUAUCUCAGUCGGGGGGGCUUCUCCUUUCAGCUACCCCAGUUCCUGACCGGCUCAGAGGUUUAUGCCAGAUAUGGUUCUGCCAUCGCUGCGCUGGGAGACCUGGACAAAGACGGAUUCAACGAUGUGGCCAUCUCUGCUCCUUAUGGAGGUCCUGACCACAACGGUUUGGUAUACAUCCACAAUGGCCGCCCUAAGGGACCUGACUCAUCACCCUCUCAGGUCCUCCAGGGCAAAUGGGCGUCCAGCUACAUGCCUGCUAGCUUUGGAUACUCUAUGACAGGAAAUACUGAUGUAGACCAGAAUGGAUAUCCAGAUUUAGUAGUUGGAGUGUUUGGAGCAGACAAAGCUGUGUUAUACAGAGCUCGUCCCGUCAUCAGUGUGAAUGCCACAUUGGACAUAACUCCACAGAUCAUCAACCCGGAGGAAAAGACUUGUAAAAAGGACCUUUCUGGCAGCAUGGUGUCUUGUUUUAAGGUGAAGUACUGCAUAGCUGCGGCAGGAGCAGGUGCUCCAGAGAAGCUGAACUUCCGUGUGGACCUCACGCUGGACCGUCUGAAGCAGGCGGCGACUAAACGAGCCCUCUUCCUGUUCAGUCAGACCUUCCAGUACUCUAAGAACAUGACGGUGGAGAACAACAAACGCGCAAUGUGUGAGGAGCAGGAGGUCUUCCUGAAGGAUGAGUUUCGGGAUAAGAUCACGCCCAUCUCCGUGGCGAUGGAGUACAGUCUGGACUACCAGCUAGCUGCUGAUCCGACGGGACUCAAGCCGAUCGUCGAUGUGUCGGUGCCGACUAACGUCACCAAACAGGCUCACAUCCUCCUGGACUGUGGAGACGAUAACAUCUGUAAGCCUGACCUCCGGCUGUCUGUUAAGAGCGACCGAGACCAGAUCUACUUUGGGGAUGACAACGCUCUGACGCUGGAGGUCAGCGCUGAGAACCAGGGCGAGGGAGCCUACGAGGCUGAACUCCACGUGUUUCCUCCCCAACAGGCCGACUUCACUGGGGUCGUUCGCAGUCAGACUCUCUCCAGACUCUCCUGUGCUUACAAGAAGGAAAACCAGACCAAGAUGGUGGUCUGUGACCUGGGAAACCCCAUGAAGGGAGGAACUAAGGUCCUGGCUGAGCUGAGGUUCAGCGUGCACCAGCUGUCUGAGGAGGACACAGCGGUCAGAUUCGACCUGCAGAUAGUCAGCUCAAACCAGUUUAACAACACCAGUCCUCGAAGGUCCAGCAUCACCAAUCUGGAAGUCCUGGCUAAAGUCUCCAUCAGAGGGUCUUCGUCUCCCAGUCAGGUGCUGCUUCCUAUUGCAAACUGGAAACCUAAAGACCCUCCGGAGGUUGGAGAUGACAUCGGGCCACAGAUCGUACAUGUGUUUGAGCUCCUGAACAAUGGGCCCAGCACGUUCAGUAAAGCGUCUCUGAACGUCAUGUGGCCGUACCGCCUGAAGAACGGCUCUCUGCUCUACAUCACCAGCUUUGAUACGGAGGGACCCAUCAACUGCACCACAGACGUGGAGAUCAACCCGCUCAACGUCUCUAUCCCUGUGACAUCACAGAACACCAGCAUUGUUCCACCCAGAGAGCGAGAAACAGAAGGACGGAACCAAAACCAUGUCCACAAAAGAGACCUGGAGCCCAGAGACUUGCAGAGUGACCUGCAGACACUGGACUGCACCACAGCCACGUGUCUGUCACUGAGAUGUCAGGUCGGUCGUCUGGAGCGGACAAAGAACGCCAUCCUCUUCAUCUACUCAAGACUGGCUGUGGACAACUUCCUGAGGACGGAGAAUCAGAAUCGUUCAUAUGUGGUUCGAUCUAAAGCCUCGUUUGAAGUCAUCGAGAUGCCGUAUAAGAACAGUCCAACUCUACCGUCCAACACAACCAUUGUCAGCAUGUCGGUGAUGUGGGUGGCUGACACCGCUCAGCCAGUACCAGGCUGGGUGGUGGCUCUGGCCGUUCUGGCAGGACUGCUGCUGCUGGCGCUGCUCAUCUUCAUCAUGUACAAACUGGGUUUCUUUAAGAGAGUGCGCCCCCCGCAGGAGGACUGCACUGAGAAAGAGCAGCUUCAGCCGGAGGAGAACGGCAACACGGAGGCGUAGAGGCUGAAAUCAGAGGCUGCGAGAGAAGAUUUCAGGGUCAGAGGUGGUCCGCUGUGGGGGAGUGUGGGGGCAGACAACAGCGCUGGGUUGACUUUGAACGAUGUUUUAUUUUUAUGAAUCAUGUUGCAUUUGUGCCAAAAGAGGAGCCGUAGAAAUCCUGGUUACCGACGAGAGUCCCAACAUUUAACGUAUUAUUGUUUACAAGCUAAAGAACAGAUGGACACAUCAUGUCCCCAAAUGUCAAAGCACUUCUUUACCUGCUCAGGUGCUUUUCAGCACAGCACACACUGUUUGGCCUCACACAACAUUUGCACAUAUUUUGGUCCAAACGUGACACGGCAGCGCUGGUGCUCGUUGUCCUGAAGGUCCAGAGCUGCUGAUUUGUUUGGGGCAGAUUUGUUCAACAUUUCUGGGUCCCUAAAAGUUCAUCAGCAGCGUAAAAAAUCUAAACAAUCUUCUGAUUUCAUGACUUUAGUUAUGAAACAUCAAGAGUUGUGAGGCAAAAAGGCCGCUGAGGCGCUGGAGCAGGGGAUUGUGGGUACCUGGUGUAAACCAACAGCAGCAUGAAAUGAUCCGAACGUCACCGUAAUGUUUGUAGUCUUUCUGCUCGGGGUGCUGGAGUUUAUUUUGUUAUUAAUGAUGGUGAGACCAACACUGGUUGUCUUAAUCAAUAAUGAAACCGACGCAGGGAAAUCAGCUCACACCUGUGCUGCCCUCUACAGGCAGACAGCUGUAGCUACAGAUGGAUGUCAGGCUGAAUUCAGAUUUAUUUCUCUUCCCUUUGGUUUAAUCAUCUGAGUUACUACAUGCAGAUUAUUUACCAACAGGUGAACCACACCAGCUGCUGCUGGCUGCUUGAAUCUUUGUUCAUUUAAGUCUUUAUUAUGGGAUGUUUACACCUGCUGCAUUGUUUAAUCCUGUGCCAUAAUUAUGGAACUAGGACUGGGACAAUAUUUCAUGUAACUUGUACCAAGCUUUGUAACCUGUAACAUGUUUUGUAGCUGUAACUUUUGUUUUGUAACUGUAACUUUUGUUUCGCAACUUGCAGAAAACAAUCAAUGUACAACUUUCAAAACACACAUCCCAGUCUACAGUUACAAAACUCAAGUCUACAAGUACAAAACAUUUUGUCCCAAUUCUGGCUUCCUUCCCAAAGAACCAAUGACAGGUUUUGUCUGACCAGCCAAUCAUGAGUCUUGGAUUCCUGUCCAAGACAAUUCCUGUUGGAAGGAAGCCAGAAUUGGGACAAAAUGUUUUGAACUUGUAGACUGAGAUUUGUGUUUUGAAAGUUGUACAUUGAUUGUUUUCUGAAAGUUACUAAAUAAAAGUUAUAUGUUUUGUAUGGAAGUUACACGCUACAAAACAAAAGUCACAGCUACAAAACAUGUUACAAGUUAAAUGUAAUAUUGUUCCAUUCCUAGUUCCAUACAUUAUAAUCAUGUCUUCACGCACAUGUCCAGAUAGAGAAGCCAGAAUCUCACUUUCAGCAUCCCGUUAUCUUCCACCUGUACUGGUGAUGCUACAUAAAAACACCAGGAACUAUGUGGUCAAGUGUUUGAUGUCCUUUUUCAAACUGAAGAACAAAAAUAUCUUUGAAUUUUUGGACUUUUUUAAGCAAAAUAUGUCAUAAUGCCUCCUAAAACAUGAAUUUAGUCUUUUUCUAUGUCCUGUAAAUAUCUUCUGGAGCAGCCUAAGCAACAGUUACUAAGAGGUGGGGCUUAAUUAAUAAUUAGUUAUUACUUUCCUGUGCUGCACUGAGGCCGUUGGUUUUUACUUUUAUUUUGAAAUUUCACUUCUCAGAUUGGGGACAGGCAACUUUACACAAAAUAAAAACAGGUGACGUUUAUGUAAAAGGUAGGGGUGUGUGUGUGUGUGUGUGUGUGUGUGUGUGUGUGUGUGUGUGUGUGUGUGUGUGUGUGUGUGCACGCUUCAAUAUACUUAAAAGGAGAAAAAUGCUAUUUGCCCAUAUUGGGCUGGCAUUAUGAAAACAUGAAUAUGAUGGUGCACACGGCCUGCUGUCUCUGAGCAUCACUCUUAUUUCCAGGAUAGUGAUGCACUAAUCUAACAGGUGAACUGGUGAUGAAGGUGAAUUAGUGCAGAAACCACAGCCUGACAGCAGCACUCACGCUUGAGACUGAAAAGUAAAAUGUAUUUUAUUGUCACGCUGACUGGUGCAGGAAACAGAUGCUUGUUGCUUUUGGUAAAACUUGGGUGUGUUUUUAUUUUGGUUUAGAGUUGGACACCAUUCUAAUGUAUCCUCUUAUUUUGUUUUUCCCUUUAGCGUGGGAACUGCCGCUCCAUAACGUAGACGUUUAGAGAAUUAAACUGUUUGAACUAACUGAAAUCUGCAGAAAUAAAACUUUGGGAGGAAGGUGGGAACCAUCCUGAGGGGUCUUUAGUCACAACACGGUGAAUUUACUGCACUGUAAAAUGAAAUUGGGCAGAUUUGGCUGCAGAACAACAACUUAAUCAUGUUGACUCCCGUCCUGCAGCAGUAUGCUUGUGUUUAUAUUUAAUAGCACUCCGUCUUUCCUCCUGCUACGAGCAAAUGAAACUAUUUUUGAUGUAUGUAUUCUUUCACUUGGUGAGUAAAUAUUAACAGUUGAUGAAGAUGAUUUCACUCUUGGAAUGAAAUAAACUGAUUUGUUCACA